AUGACUGGGACGGUGGUGGUUGCGAGCAUUGGCACCAGUGGAAUCCUUAGGGCCAAGAACACCUACUCCUUCUCAGAGACUAUCGAACCAUUAGCCCAAUGCUACCCAGCCAAAAGUAGUGUCCAAACAGAGUUUGGCCGGUCUCUUUCCGCUAUUGGCCCCCUUUUCAACGUUGCCAUCUCGGACCCAUUCUGUCGCAUACGUUUGCCCUCAACGCUGCUUUGUGGGAAAAUCUGCAGUUCUUCGGGUCGCUCUGCUGAUCUUUGUAGACUUGUGUGGUCUGGACCAAGUUCCUCGACGAUCAGCAUCUGUCACUGGAGUUUCCCUCGGAUCAACAUAUCCAAGCACAGCACAAACCAAUUUACCUGGGACUUGACAUAUGAUAGAUCUGCUGUCAAGUAA